AUGGCUUCAUUUUCGCCAUUUAAAAAGACCAAGACAGAGUAUACGGCGCUAGGGGCACGCCCGUCUACCGAAUCGGAGGACAUAGCGGAGAAAGAAGCCAUCUCUGCAUGUAAUAAGACUUCUUACGAGAGAAAAUACCGCCGACUUAGAAUAAUCACCAUCUUCUUGUUGCUAACUCUCGUUUCAACGAUUCUUUACACUGUACAUGUGGGCAUGCACAUGCAUGCUGAUUCUCAGUCACAACCUCUGGAUAAAGAGAUCCCACAUGAUGAUCAUGGCCUACAUGCCGCUGACGUCGCUCUGGGAGUUGAUCCAUUUGGAUGGGUACCUGCCGAUUUGGGCCAAUCCCUAAAAUGGGUCAUGUUCGGUGGCAAGGACGAUCCCUACUACGUUGAAGAAGAUGUGUUUGACAGCCUGAAGGCAACGGAAGAUACAGUGCUGAGAUUGCUUGAGCUUGAUAACCCCGCGAUUAAAACCCAUGGAAUAAAUACAACCUAUCUCGACGCCGAUGGACAUGUACAUGACCUCCGCGCCACCACCGUCUAUCAGGGCCAACACAAGAUGCCGGUUUACUUUUUACGCGCCUUCCACCAAAUGCACUGCAUAGUACUCAUUACAGACGGGUACGGUAAAGCCCUGCAUGGGCGCUCGGCAGAGGCACGAUGGGGGCCUGAUCACUUCGCACAUUGUGUCAAUGUAUUGCGAGAGGCAGUUUCGUGCUUUGCAGACGCACAGGUAGCCUCUUUCAUACAUCCUGGUGAUCCUCAUAUCUCUAUCAACCAGCAGGCGCGCUGCCGCGAUUACAAAGCGCUACGUGAAUGGGCGGAUGAUCCGGCGAGAAAACCUCUGUAUGAGAAUUAUGUUCACGAAGACCCCGAGUAA